ACUACAGAAACUGUAGCCUCGGAUAUUGAACGUCGAGUUAGUGUACGGGCUAGUGAAUGUGCCUUCAAGUACAAGGAAAUAGUGAUCAAGAAAUGUCAAAAAUACACGCAGAUCUGGCUAAAUACACAUACCAAGAUGAAAAAUGCUCUCAAUCCAUUGGUAAUGCAGGAGAUCUCAAUGGCACUGAAUGCAGCCAAGUAUGAUGACAGUAACCUGGUGAUGUUCAGUGGUUUAUGUAAUGUAUUUUGUUCUGGUAUAGAUCUACAUUAUCUGACUGUAGGAGACAAGAAAAUUGCUGCCAGACAAAUGGCAGAUUCUCUCAGGGAUCUUGUCCGAAAGUUCAUCACAUUUCCCAAGUUGAUAGUAGCAGUAGUGACAGGACCUGCUAUCGGAUUGGGCUCGGCCUUGCUACCGUUAUGUGAUAUUGUAUAUGCCAGUGAUAAAGCAACAUUUUAUAUGCCAUAUGCUCAAUUAUCUCAAACACCAGAGGGAUGUGCAUCUUUUACUUUACCAAAUAUCGUUGGUAUUGCAAUGGCAAAUGAGAUGCUAGUAGGUGGUAGGAAGAUUACAGCCAUCGAGGCAUGUCAACUCGGUUUUGUAUCUCAGGUAUAUUGGCCCACCAGUAUGAUGCAAGAAGUCAUUCCACGGGUACAGCACAUGGCUCUUGUUUCAGGAAAGGUGCUUGAAACAACCAAGUUGUUAGUAAGAAGUCACCAAAGAACAAAACUUGAUCUCACAAAUGAAUCAGAAUGCAAUCUCCUGGUGGAAAGAUGGCCUUCACCAGAAUGCCAGAGGGCAAUAGAAGAAUUUAUCUCCAAUGACAAAAACUACAUUUUAUAGUUUAGUGUUCAAGAACAAUGUUUUUAAAAACUAUUUAUUGUAUAAAAUACUAUUUAAGUUAAAUUUUAAUGUCUCAUAGAGGCAAUGAGAAUUUAGAUACUGGUACAUGUAGGUAUUUAUUAAUUUGAAGCUGACUUAUAUAUUUUAAACUAUUUAGAUAUCAGGUCUAGAGCAUCAGCGUAAUCUUAUUUUUACUUGCCAUUUUUCAUAGAUAACAAAGUCAGUAAUUGGGUAACUCCUUAUGUGAUUUAAUAGAAGUUAACCCAUUACUGCACUGAGGUGACAAAGUACAUCAUUGUUUCUUAUAAAAAUAC